UAUCUAUCGAUAACUUAUCAGACCGAUAACUAAUUACACCAACACAAUUUGCUACCCUCUGCAACCAUGCCAAUAAAUUUUCCUAAAACGCAUUUAAAAUUCCACGAAAGCCACGGCCAAAACAUCGUACUGUCCCAAAAUAUGUCAACAGCUCGUCGUUUCGGAACCAACCAAAGUGGCCUAACAUUCAUAUCCAGCCCUGUUGCCCCAACACAAAAAAUCCAGUUCAAAAUUCUCGACGUUUCGCUCGAACGUAGCGACCUCAUCAGUAUCGGUUUCACGUCCUUUGACCCCGCCAAUCUUCAAUACGAUUGGCCAAACUGUACUCCAGAACAACUCAAACACACACCAGGAUUUUGGAUUUGUUCUCUUUCUAAGUAUUUUUGCACCAAAGACAAAACUAUAUUUUUCUACGCCACUCCUUCGGGUGUUCUCCACUAUGGGGCCAACGGUGAGGAGAAGGGCCGUUGUGACAAAAAAAUCGAAACUGGUCGCCCUCUAUGGGCCGUGAUAGACAUUUGGGGAACAUCCACCAAAAUUCAACUAAUUAACGAAUGUACAACUGGUUACUAUUUCACUCCUAAACCCCUCGAAAUCAACGAGCAAGUCCUCAUUAAAAUACUUUCCAGUGGUAGAAUUGUCCUCGGGGUGACUUCCUUUGACCCCAACCACGCUACCACUACGUUACCCCAAGACCCCAAAUUUUUAGUAGACCGACCCGAAUACUGGGUCCCUGUAGACGACCCAACUUGGCAUUUUACACGUUACGACGAAAUCAGCUUUAAAAUAAACGAAAAAGGCGAAAUGAAAAUUUGGAAAAACGACGUUUUAUUACUCAAAGUGGUCCACGUCGAUCACAGUAUUCCACUUUGGGGGUUUGUGCACUUGGGUUCAGUGGAAAAAAUUGAAAUGACCACUAGUUUAGACGCGGUACCAUCGACAUCAGUGGAGUCUAGUGGGUGUAAAAUGGUACCAAAGCAAAAACAAGGCACCGACUGUGUUAUUUGUUGUGAAAAAGAGACAGAAGCGGCGCUAUAUCCGUGCGGACAUAUGUGUUUGUGUUUCGAAUGUAUGCAACAGUGGCAGAGGAAUAGAGAGAGGAGGUGUCCGAUUUGUCGAGCGCCGGCUAAAGAUGUUAUAAAAAUUUACAAGUAAAUAAUUUAUUACAAAUUU